AUGAAGAGCGGGGAAGAACGUGAUCGAAUCGCCGCCAAACAAAACCUCAUUGACUUCGAGAUGGAAGGCGCAGGGGCCUGGGCUGAAGUCCCUUGUAUUGUUGUGAAAGUCGUCUGUGACUAUGCCGAUAGCCACAAGGACAAGGCCUGGCAAGACUUUGCGGCAGCCACGGCUGCAUCUGUGGCCAAGGCCAUCCUGGGGCGAUACGCGGCUCACGACGGGGACCGAGCUUCAAAUCAGCCGAAUGCCAUCGUCAUGUCCGACCCUAAAAGGUACACGGUCGGCUGGCUCUCAGCCAUCUCCACAGAGUCCGUGGCCGCGCAGCAGUUCCUUGACGAGCGACAUGAUCCUCCUGAGUAUACAGCCCCGCACGACAAUAAUGUCUACGUGCUGGGGCGGAUGGGCCGCCACAACGUCGUGAUGGCGUCGCUCCCCGACGGCGAGUCGGGCACCACAACGGCAGUGACCGUAGCCAGGGACAUGCUCCACAGCUUCCCCAACAUUCGCGUCGGGCUCCUGGUCGGCAUCGGUGGCGGCGCCCCGAGCCGUAAAAGUGACGUGCGCCUGGGUGACAUUGUGGUCAGCAGUCGCUCUGGCGAACACAAACAGGACGGCGUGUUUCGGUACGAUUACGGCAAGUCGAUCCAGGGCCAGGAGUUCCAGCAUACACAGUUACUCGACCAGCCACCUAUGCUACUACGAAUAGCAGUUGGGGCGCUCAAAACGCGCUACGAAGCUGACGGGCACGACCUCAAGGACCAGGUCGAGAAAGACUAG